AUGGCCUGCACAAUCGAUUUCCGCCGCCUAGACGAAGGCUUCGGCGGCAAAACCUACAAGCGCAAGAGAAACCCCGAACCCACCGCCAACGAAGAUGCUUCAGUGUUUGGCUCUGUCGGUGCUGCAAUGGAAAUCGACGACGCGUGUUUACCUCCGUCAAAGCGGUCGGCGGUACCCUCGUCAGACAAUCCCGACAAGCCGAGCUUCGGGAAGCCGAGCUACGACGGCGUGAUCGCCGGGAGAGUCUCCGGCCGGAAGUGGAAGCAGCCGAGGAAGCAGAGGGCGUCGGCGACGCAGGUUAGCCAUAAGGGGACGACUUUCGAGGAGAGAGCGAAGGAGAAGGAGAUAAAGCGGGCGUACAGAGAGAGAAUGGCGGAGCUGAAGGGCGAGAUCAAGAAGAACAAGGAGGAGAAGAGGAAGAAGAAAGAGGAGAGGGAUAAGAAGAAGCAGGAGAACAUCUUGAGGUCCGGGACCAAGCUGCAGGUGAUUUCGAAUCCGAAGACGCUGAAGAAGAUUGCCAAGAGCAAGGACCGGAAGCUGCUCAAGGUUGUUCCUGAUGAUUUGAUCAACAAGAACAAGACGAAGAAGAAGAACAGCAACGACGACUAG